CCCAGGAGACGGGAGAGCAGCGUCAGCCCCGCCCGGGGCUGGGAGCCGCCCCCCACCCGGGGUGCUCCCCUGGGCCCUGCCCAGGGGAUGCGGAGGUCGGGGGAGCUGACCAGGGUGACCAGACAGCAGGUCUCUCUCCAGCACCUUCUCCUGAGGCAGCUGCGUGAAGAGCAUGGAGGCUGAGGAUCAGACCGAGAAGAUUAGCAUCAGCGCUGAGAGCCCCAGAGGAGGUGACGUGGGGGAGCUGGGCAUCGGGCUGCUCAGCUCUGCGAAGAGCCGCCCAGGCACCUGGAGGCAGAAAUGUGCAGCCUACGUUCUGGCCCUGCGGCCCUGGAGCUUCAGCGCCUCUCUGACCCCAGUAGCCCUGGGCAGUGCCCUAGCCUAUCGAUCCCACGGAUCCCUAGACCCAGGGCUGCUAGUGGGCAGUGCAGUGGCUGUCCUGGCAGUGCAUGGAGCAGGUAACUUGGUUAAUACCUACUAUGACUUCUCCAAGGGCAUUGACCACAAGAAGAGUGAUGACCGGACAUUGGUGGACCAGAUCUUGGAGCCUCAAGAUGUGGUCCGGUUUGGGGUCUUCCUCUAUACCCUGGGCUGUAUCUGUGCUGCCUGCCUCUACUGUCUCUCCACUCUCAAGUUGGAGCACCUGGCCCUGAUCUACUUUGGGGGACUUUCCAGCUCCUUCCUUUAUACUGGAGGAAUUGGAUUUAAAUAUGUUGCACUUGGCGACUUGGUGAUCCUCAUCACAUUUGGGCCUCUGGCUGUCAUGUUUGCCCAUGCAGUGCAGGUUGGCUAUCUGUCUGUCUCACCGCUGCUCUAUGCUGUCCCACUAGCCCUCAGUACUGAGGCCAUCCUGCACAGCAACAACACACGGGACAUGGAGUCUGACCGGCAGGCAGGCAUUGUCACCCUGGCUAUCCUCAUCGGCCCCACGUUUUCCUACAUGCUCUACAACACACUGCUCUUCCUGCCCUACCUGAUUUUCUGCAUCUUGGCCACGCGUUACACCAUCAGUAUGGCGCUGCCACUACUCACCAUGCCUAUGGCCUUUUCGCUGGAGAGGCAGUUCCGGAGCCAGAGCUUCAGCAAAAUUCCCCAGCGGACAGCCAAGCUCAACCUCCUGCUGGGGCUCUUCUACGUUUUUGGUAUUAUACUGGCACCAGCAGGCACGCUGCCCAAACUGUAAUGGCGAGAGCUGCUGUAGCCCCAUGACUUGAGUGUUCAUGCCAGAGCUCGGGGUGCGAGUGGGAGGUUUGUUAUGGAUGGGGCCAGAGCAAGAAGGCUGGCUCGAGCCAGUGACUCCAUGUGAAUUUUAUGGGCUUUGGUCUUGUUGAGAUAAGCAGUUUCUCUUGUACUAGAGACUUCCAGUGGUGUCUUAGGAACUUCUUCUCUGGCAAGAGGAUUGAAUUAACUGUCUCUGGCUUUCUCUCGGUGCUUAUUGCAAUUCACCAUGUGAGCAGACAGACAUUUCAAGGACUUGAUGCUACUGCCAUUGAAUUCAAAGGGACUUUCGCUAUUAACUUCAAUAGGAGCAGGGUUGAGCCUUAAAUGUGAACUGUCCCUUCCCCAAUCUGUGAAUCAUCCCCAUACAACAUGAAGGGGAUUCAGCAGCUCCACUCCUAUGCUGUAGCACAUGAAAGUCGCUACUGAAUGUUUUAUUUUUGUCAGCAUCACGGUAAAGCAGAUGGUGCUACUUCACUCCUCUUGAUAAACUUCAUCCUCACCACCUGGUCUGUUCCCUCCCACCCCCCCUUUUGCCAAAUCUUGAGCUUACGCUUCCAAACAUCAUGGCUAUAUGAAAUGGGGCAUGGGGUGUCCAUCAAGAACUGCUGACUUAUGGAAGACAGCAGAUUCUGGUGCUACCACUGCUAGUUCCUUUCUACCUAGGCAUUUCUAAAGCACCCAUUGCUGUGGUGUAUAGGUGCUGAAAUGGAACACAGCUGGUCCAUUGCACUGAGCUUUAAGCCAAAAGCAGUGAACUUCCACUCCCUCUUUAAGUAGCUGGGGGCCAGAACUGCAAGUUGUACAGCUAAGAAGCUCACAAGACUUGGUAGGAUGAAAAGUUCUGUUCUUGUUGUUAAAAUUUUCUCAUUCUCAGACCCUUCUGCCUGAGAUGAAAGGGCCUUGGUGUUAAAAGAAGCUGUCAGGCAGGGUGACAAAGCUCUGUAGGCAACUGGAUAUUGACAAACAGACACGCUGUGGUAGCCAAGUCUCAAAUAGCGAAGCAUUUUCUAAUUGUCAUCCUCCAUAUCUGUUAUCUACUUACAGUCACUUGUCACCCUAUUGUAAGGAAAGCUGGUGGCAGCAAGGGAGAAAGAUGGGGGCAUUGCAGGAGGGAGUCUAAAUUUCUGUCAUGACUGUGCACAGACAUCAGGAUAGUGAAUUAUUCUUCUUGCUGAUAGGUUCCUCUUCCCAUUUCCAGUGGGGACCAAGGUUUUGAUGACACUCCUGUGAUGCAUUGGUCAGUUUUGAAGUUCUAGAUCACUCCUCAGGAUGAUGUGCUCAAUGGUACUGAAUAUUCUUCCUGCAUAUCCUUCCACUCCAAUCCCUGCUCUCCUGUAAGGAUACUAAUAUACCCCUCUGGAUGAAUGCUAUUCCUCACAACAGAUGGUGUGAAACACGCAGAGCCAAAUACAGCUAUGGGGAUACUCCACUAGAGCACAACAGGGUGAAUUUGGCUCUCACUCAUAUUUUCCCAUGAUCACUGAACCCUGUUCGUCAUUGGGAAAUAUUUUGGUUCCCUGCGUGAAACGGCGAGUGUUGAUGUAAGGGCUUUUUGCAGGACUCCCUUGAAAUGUCCAGAUUGAAUUGAUCUGGACCUUGUUCUAGGAGCACGGUGCCAGGAGCACGGUGUUCCUGAGCCUGAGGGGAGGGUAUUAACCAGGGCACAAGGAGCCUUUUAGUUGCGAUCCGUUAAGUCCAGAAGGGUGUGCAGUGAUGCAUAUACAGCUUGGGCGUGUUAUGGCAAAGAGAGGUUAUUCACCUCAGAGGGGUGACUGCUGUUCAGGGCUGCAUGUAAUGGAGGAGUUAUGACAACUAUAAAAUGGAACUGGCACCGAGAUGUGUUAUAGGUGGUAUCAAAGUGUUCAGAUGGUUUCUGGUGACUUAGUUGCCAGUUGUGAUUGCUUCGCAGCUGGACACCGUUACUCAGAAGCAAUCUCAGCAGGCAGGUGGCAGCUUUCACCAGCCUCAGAUUCAGUUAUUAAAAUAGGGCGAUGCAUGGAUCAGACUUUCUCUCCAGGCUGCCCAGGGAAAACAACAAGGCAAGCCUGGUUUAAGCAGCCAGUCUGCUGCUUUGUACAGUAGAGAACUUGACUUUGGUUAGAAACCCAGUCAGAAGGAGUUGAUCUCAGCUGGAGGGAGAGAGGCAUCUAGCAAUACUUGGCAGUGAUUUUCUGGGAAAAUGUGCACUUCCUAUUUUCGGUGCUGGCUUAGAGCUCCAGUGGGUUGGUGAUGAGCAUUUGUCAAAGAACCAACUCUGCCUUCUGCCAAGCACGUUCUGCCUCAGAGACUGAGGAGUGGAAGUGAUGGCGAAAUCAACCCCGGUGGUGGAGAGAGCUAUUUCCCAAUAGAGCCCAUUCUGCAAGAUGGAACGGGUUGAUCUGGUUAAUCCCAGGGUUGUAUUGUUUGUAGGUCUCUCAGCAGAUACAUCCUGUGCCCUGUUCUUGUUUGUUAUAUGAUGAUAUGUCUAGCUCUUGCAUAGCUGUAGUUUAAUGAGGAUUGAUGUGGCAAUUUUUUAUGCAUUUUCCCUAAGCCAUGUUGCUUCUGACAGGCAGAAUGUGAAUAAGAAAUUUGAGAGCUGUAGCUCUUAUGGUGAACAGUCUAGGACAGGGGUCCCCAACGUGGUGCCUCUUGACGUUGCCGCUUCACGGCGGCAUUUCAGCGGCUGCUUGUCCGGCAGCCACGGUCCUCGGCGGGUAGUCGUCCGGCGCCUGCCCCACGGAAAAGGUUGGGGUCCACUGGUCUAGGAAAUGGCCCUCAGUGGAACAGCAACACGUUACACUAUGGUUGAUCUCUUCCUUACAAAAAGGGGAAAGACUCCUGAUUAGAAAGUCUGUCUGCUAGUGGGAAAAACCAGUGCUAUUGCCACAGAGCUGGAGUGAGAGGUGACCCGUUUCAUGCGUUUGUAGCACCAUUUUCUUGGGCACUCAAAGUGAUUCACAGAUGCAGGGAUUAGAAGGAAACGUGUGCAGACUGCUUCCAUUCGUAAGCAGCAGCACACAUAGCAGACUUUGGAAGUCUUAGGGGAGAACUGCGUAUGGUAAGGGAGCUGGAAACGCCUGGAUUCUAAUCCUAACCAUCUCAUUUGUUUUCCCCCAGUGGCCUUGGGCAAGCCACUUAAUUUCUCCAUGCCUUUGUUUUUUCAUCUGUAAAAUGGAGCUUGCCGUUGCCUACCUCACUGGGAGUUGUGGGGUUAAUGUUAUUUAAUAAAGAGCUUUGAAAGUAAGAAGUGCUAUAUCUAUGCUGGGUAUUUUCUCAGGCAUUCUGCUUCUCAAGCCUUACUUAUAUGGGAAGAUCUUUUUGGUAUAACAUAAGGUGUGAAUUUAAACCAGUAAAGUUAUACCAGUAUUACACCAUGUGUAUGCUCUUAUUCUGGUAUGAGAAGCCCCUUUUUGGUUUAAUUUAUGUUGCUUGGGACAGGAUUUAAGCUAAACAAAAGCCAGGCUUGUGUGUCCACAUGGGGAUUUAUAUUAGCAUCAUUGGUAAAACUUUCCAUAUAGACAAACCCUAAGGCAACCUGUCUUGUGUUACAGCGUCUGAGCUGAGGAUAUUGGGUGUCCAGCACCUCUUCUGAUCAUAGGCCUUUUCAGCCUCUUGCAAUAAGCUGUAUUGCUCCAUGCUGAGUCUCUGCUGGUAGCGGAGCAGAUCUGUAGCACAUCUGUCCAUCGUAUGUAUUAAAUGGCCUCCUGACCUCUCUUCUCGCCCAGGCAGAGGUUCAGUGAAGUAUCUAAACGUUCCAUUUUUAACAAGCCAUGGUUAAUAAUUUUAAACGGUUUCGUGUUGUGUUUCUGGGCUUGGAUCAGAGUGGUCUUCUGGGAGAACAUGUUUCCUAUGGACACUCCUUUGUACAGCUUUGGCGUGGAAGCACUGGAAAGCACACACCCUAGGUACGCAUGAGGUAGGCUCCUUUGACCAUAAGAGCCCCCUUGUGAACCAGGCAGCCCUGUCCUUGUAUGUCGAGGGAUAAUCAGUUCAAUUGAAAGGGCAAACAUAUAUGUUUUAGGGCAGAUGUUAAUAGGUUUUGGUGAUCUAAUCUAUCAACCGAGUCCACUUUGGAACACACCUUUCUAUGCAGGGCACUGUUGAGCCUGAGCAUUUGUAAUACUGAGACAGACUUCAAUUGAACUUUGUCUUUUUAAUAAAG